CUAAAAUUAACCUAAAAUUGAAUUGUUUGCAGGAUCAUAAAGAUGAAAGCGGUACUUCUGGUGGCCGUUCUCCUGCUCGGGCUGCAGGCCGGAGAUGCAGUUCCCUCCAGUCGCUGGUCCUGUUAUAAAAAGGUUCUGAAGGACAGGAACUGUCACAGCAUCGGUUUUGGACUUGGGUCCAUGAGACCCAUUGGAUCCCUAGAGAACCAUUUCUGGGAGGGGAACAGCUGUGACAUGGUCUGCUACUGUAACUUCAGUGAGCUGCUCUGCUGCCCCAGAGAUAUCUUCUUUGGACCAAAGAUCUCCUUUGUGAUUCCCUGUGAAACAACUGAGAAUGUGCUCUGAGUCGUCUGAAUGUUUCCUGCAGUCAGGAAGAGGACGAGUGACGGAAUCAUCUACAUCCACAAACAGAAACGCCAAGAAACCACAUCCAGCACUAUACCUGUUCACACCUGAACACUUCAUUACAGUUUAGCCAGAUGGUUUUACAUUUGGUAAUAAAAUGCAUACUCAGAUAUGUAACUGUUUUAAAUUCGGCUCAGACCACCUCCUGAAGUGGUUUAAGUGAUCAGGUUUGUAUCUGUCUGAUAAAUGCCAUAAAUGUUCAACCCUAAUCCCCAAAAGUUGGGAUGCUUUGUAAAAUGUAAGUAAAUGUAAAUAAACGCAGAGUACA